AGACUAGUAUCCAAACGAUCCGUUUGCCCGAAAGACAAAAAACUAAAUAUAGAAGAUCCGUAUUCUAAGAUCAGUCUGAUCUUUUUCAAGUUAGAAUUUCUGUAAAGUAGGAUUGAAUAAAGAUGCCUGUAGCCCACAAUGAAGCCCAUGGACGCGAUAAAGACGACAGUGAUGGAGAAGGCGAACAUGAAGAAAUGGAUCACUUGUCUAUUGCUCACGAUAGUGAAAAAGGAGGUACUUCUGAUGGAGAUUCAAGUGAAGAUUCUGGGUCAGAAGAUAGUUCGGAAAUGGAUGAGGAUGAAUGUGAAAAUAGAAGAAGUGAAUGUCUUGAUGACAUGAUCGAUCUUGAAAAACAGUUUUCCUACUUGAAGGAACAGCUGUACCGAGAAAGAAUCACACAAAUUGAAAGCAAACUCCAAGAAGUUAUGGCAGAGCAAGCUGCAGAAUAUCUUGGCCCUUUGGCUGAUCUGAGAGAAGCUGUGGCAGUCAGAACACAAGUUGCUGGGAUUUUGAGACAGCUACGCUUGGAGAACAUAAAAAAUAAAGCAGUAGCUGAAGAAGUAGCAGCUACACAAGAUUUUGAGUCAAGGAAAGCCCUGCUCAUGGAUUCCAUCAAAGAAUCUCUGAAUGAAAAAAUACGCCGUUUGGAAGAAGACAGAAAUCAGGUGGGACUGUUGGAAUGCGAUUCUUUCUUGAAGUCCCGCUCGCUCCACAGCUUCGGAUCAAGCCCGUUCCGAAGUGACGACAAAGAAUCGAAAGAAAAAGACAAAAGACGGAAACCCAUCACCGUGACGGGACCUUACAUUGUUUAUAUGUUGAGCGAAGCCGAUAUUAUGGAAGAUUGGACCUUGAUCCGCAAAGCCCUUACUGCAACAAAUCGUAAAGAUUAUCCACUCUGACGCGAUACAAUGUUAUGCUUUCGUGGUAUAAUUGUAAAUAAUAAAAAAAAAUCAUC